AUGAAUAAUGGUACCGGAAUGGAUGCUUCUCUAACGGUUUUGAGGGCAAGAAUUGCAUUGUUGGCUACUGCCAUCGGUGGUCCAGAUUAUACUUCUACCAUUGAACCACCUCCAUAUAAACUAGGUGAUGAUUGUUUAGCAUGUUUAAAAGAUUUAAAGAGAUGGUUUAAAUUAGUAGAUGAUGAACAAAAUAGAUGGGAUGUGGCCAUGGCAGCCGCUCAAUAUCAUAUCUUAGUCGAUGAUUUAUUACCUAUACUAGUGGAUUGGGAGAACAAGUCUUCGUUACUAGCUAAAUUAACUCGUAAAGGAAAAACUUCUGAUGUAACCAUAUUUAGGAAUAAGGAAUACCAUGACAAAGUGGCCUUAAACUGUCUUCAGCUGCUAGUAUUGAUGACUUGGCCGCUGGUCAUCACAGAUCAUUCUUCCUCAAAUCAAAUUGCUCUUCAUAGCGAGUUAAAGAAACAUCAAUUGAUAUAUAAAAAGGCAAUCCUUACUUUAGAGAAUGGGAAAGUUUUAAAAGCUGCCGUACGCUUAGCCUUGGAAGUCAUAAAAAUUGAUAGAUUAUCAAGAACACCUCGUGAUAAUAUGGUUAUUAAAUUAGCACUUAAUUUUUUCAGAAAUAUUUCUGCCAUCGAACCUGCUGAUUUGACUGUAGCCCUAGGAAGAACGUUAACCCGAGGUAUUAAUUCUGUUGAUACUUUGCCACCAAACGUAACAUUAGACGAUAUCUCUUUGACUGCUGUCUUGACAUCAUUUCAACAGAAUAAAGUCUAUGAUCUGAUACUAACUUUGGCAAACUCUCUAUCUCAGGAAUUUGAUCAAGAUUUUAUUAAUAUUCCCUUAUUAGAAGUUAUGUUUUUUUUGACUAAAGACGUUUCACAAGAAUCUUUGUUUCCUAUGCCUCUAAGUAACAGCAACAGUGAUUAUUCCAAACAUCGAAAUGAUGUUUCAAAGGAUAGUUUAUCUCAAACAGGACUUCAAUUAACGAACUUGCUGAAGAAGGAAAAUGAGUUGAAAAAAAACGUUAUUCAAAACACAUCGUCCAGGCAUUCCAAUUUUGGUGCCCUUUUAUCUAUCCAAACUCCUGACCGCGGUAGACUGACAGUAUCAGGUGCCCAAAACUUAUUAAAUGAUGCCAAAGCUUUACAAAAACUGGAUAGUAGAAAGAAAUGGAAUAAAAGAAAAACUAAGAGAAGAGAUGAUGGUGUCGGCGAGGGUUUGCCAAAUAGCUUAUUGAACUCUGAAGGUAAGACUUCGAUAUCGUCUUCAAUAAGGAAACAGUUUAACAAAUUCAUUGAAAAUUUCAUUGAUUCUGGGUUUAACACGGUUUUACAUAGUGUUACUAAUUACUACACAACAGAACAGGAUAGAAUUGUAACUUUAGAACAGGUAGAAUAUCUAUUGUUUUUUGGUUGGUUUUUGAAGUAUCAAGUUCUAAGAUGUAGAUUUGAUAAAUCUGCUGAUAUUGAUAUGGUUGCUGAAGCUUUACGUGAAACUUCAUUUAUUUUGGUUUCAUCGACUUUACGAAACGCAUAUGAUAUGAAAAAUUGGAUUGUUGUUCAUGCUGGAAUGAUUGCUUUUAAUGAACUGCUAAUUCUUCUUCAAAAUUGUAAAUCCGAAGAAAACGAUGAUGAUAUUGAAUUCAUCAUUAGUAGGUUGUUCAGUGAUGAAAGAAUACAACUAUUAUCAAAUCUGCCGAAAACAGCCUUCAAGCAUAACUACCAAUAUAUGAAAACAUGCGUAGAUCUUACUCACACCGUUCUUAAAACAUUGGAGCAAUAUGCAACCGAGGAUAGAGCACUUAUUAUUGAAGGAAAGUCAAGACGUAAGAAAAAUACAGGCAUAACAAAAGAAGAUGUCGAACGUUUAGUCAAAGAAGAGGGACUCGACAGAGAUGAAGCAAUUGACAUUUUAACUCCACAUUUCACAGAGAUUGAAGUGAGUUUUAAUAAAGUUCAAAGGAGUUACAUAAAUGAACCAACAAUUGAAACAUAUGUUAGUCUUCUGGAAAGGUUUAGAGAAUUGGAACCAGAAUAUAUCAAAAAAAUAAUCACAUUCUUCCACAGAGUCUUUAUCCAAGCUAAAGAGGAAAGUUUACUAUUCAAAAUCGAUAUUAUGAUUCUUCUGAGAGAUAUGCUGGCACCUGAUGGCAUUGACCGAACGUCAAGGGUUAGGAAGCACGUUCAACGGUUUGUUGAUUAUUAUCUUCAACGCCUUAAGAAAAGACUAAGUAGCUCUCCAGCAUGGUUUGUGGGGCUACUUUUUCCGUCAUUACAUGAUAGCCAAGUAGGAUACUUUCAAAAAUAUGGAGAGAAUAGAAUUUCAAAAAAAGAUUCUUUCUAUGGGGUCCCUCCAAGUAUCUUCAAAAAUAUCGAAGACCAAGAUGCUUUACCUGCAUCUGUUCUUAAAGAUCUUAAGUAUGGUAUUCUGAUCUCGACCCUAAUUGACAGCGAUAAAACUGAUCUAUUAGAAAAACUCAUAUCCCAUUUGAAGCAUACCCAAGAUGUUUUCUCAUCAUGGUUAACAAUAAACGUAAAUGCAGAGAAAGAAACUGAAAACCCACCAAACGAAAUUUUUUCAAUUGAUGAAUCUACUGGAGGAAAACCUCUAUUGCUCGAUAGAGAUUUUAGAGCAUUAUUAAAGUUGAUAGGAUAUCAGAUACCACAAAAUCACCUAGAGCCAUGUUAUCUUCCCGGUACUGUGGAGAUUGAUGAUAUAAACGAGUCUAUAGCGUUGGUAUCAAAGUACAUGAGUACCCCAUUUGAGACGCCAAAUGGUCAGCCAUCAGCGUCCUACCUUAUUAGGCCACGUACAUUAGAUGGACACUCUCAUAACCACGACGAACAAGAUGGUUGGACUGCUAAUGACGAUUAUGAUUACAAUGACCCAUCUAUAAUAAGAGAUGAAGAUAUGGCCGAUGACGAUGCCUACUUUAAAGAAUUAGAGAAUGGGAACUCGAAGAUUACCUCAGAACGUGUUAGCAAAGGAGUUGCAAGAUCAAAGAAGAAAUCACACGCUAAAAUGGAACAAAGGAAAAGAAAAAGACAAAGAAACACCUUGGCAAAACAUGAUAUUGAUGAUGAGGAUGGUGAUGAGCAACUAACGAAAACGAAAGCUUAUCAUGAGAUAAUAAGUAAAGAAUUCAUUAGUGAUUCUGACGAUGAUGAUGAUGAAAUUUCUAACCCUAUUUUCUUUGAAAACGAAAUGUUCUUAAGGUGGUUAUUGGAUAAACAUGAUGGACAAAUUCCAACAGAAAAGUAUAUACAAUUCGGUAAAUUUGCAGCUGAAAGAAUGGCUAACCGAGGUACAGUCAUUAGUGAUUUUUCUUCACUCUUCGAUGGAACAAUACCCAGUUUAGAUCAGUUAAAGUACUCUGAAGGUCCGAACCAUACUGCAGAUAAAACUUUAAUGACAUUAUCUUCAAAAGUUGCAUCGGCGCUUUCUGGUGAUGCUGAAGACAAUGCACGAGAAUUGACAACGCGUAAUGAGGCUGACUCUACGAGAGAUCUACCUACAUCAUACCAAUCAGACUCAAAUGAAGAUGAAAGUGUCAUACCUAAAAAUUCUCUCAAUCUGGAGAGUGAGGAGGAAGAAGAAGAGGAAGAAGAAGAAGAAGAAGAUGAUGAUGAAGGUAAUAUGGCACCUACAAAGAAAAGGCAAAAAUUUGCUAUCGCUGAUGACUCAGAUGUAUCAGACUAA